AUGGAUCAAACAAGCCAGCUGUGUCAAGCUGAUACUGUCGACUCAGACGUCCAGGCCACUCGCGAUGCUCAAGAUCUUGCCGCACUGGGCCAUGUCCAGAGACUCACUCGCAAGUUUAGCCUUUGGAGCAUGCUUGCUCUGGCCUUUAGCGUCUUGGGAACAUGGUCAACCAUGGCGCAGGAUUUGGCCACUGGGCUUGUCAACGGCGGUCCUGUAGGGAUUCUUUGGGGCCUCGUCCUCGUGACGACAUGCAACACUUGCGUUGCCAUUUCCAUGGGCGAGCUCGUCAGCAGUAUGCCUACGGCACUCGGCCAGGCGCAUUGGAUCCAGCGUCUAUGGAACACCCCAACCGGCCGGUUCGCGUCUUACAUGUGUGCGUGGAUCAACACCUUUGGAUGGUGGACCUUGACGGCGUCCCAGAUUGCUUUCAUGACAGAGUUUCUCCUCUCCAUGAAGCUCAUCUUUGAUCCGGAGUGGCCUGGCGCUAAGAAGGGAUGGCUGCUCUUCCUUGUCUACGUCGGCAUUACCGUUUUCUUUACCUCCAUCAACUACGUUUCUUGCCGCAAGGAAUGGAUCCUCCCAACCUUCAACAACUUUGUGGGCAUUGGCUUUGCCAGUCUCUUUGUUGCCUUCUCCUUGGCUCUCCUCAUUUCCGUCGGCGCCAAGGCAGACCUGUCGUACCAGUCGGCAUCAUUUGUGUUUGGGCAAUGGAUCAACCGGACCGGCUGGGGCAACGGAGUUGUUUGGUUCCUCGGCCUAGUGCAGAGUGCCUACGGCCUGACCGCGUUUGAUUCCGUCAUUCACAUGGUGGAGGAGAUCCCUGCACCUCGACGCAACGCCCCGAGAACCAUGUAUCUGGCGGUCCUCAUCGGCGCGCUCUCCGGCUUCAUAUUUAUGGUGGUCUGUCUCUUUUGUAUCCAGAGCGUCGAUGGCGUCUUGGAUCCCGCAUCAGGCAACCCCUUCAUUGAGCUCGUCCAGUCGACCAUUGGGCAAAAUGGUGGAGCCAUCAUGAUUGUACUAUUCAUUUUCAACGGCUUGGGCCAGGGCUCAAGCGUACUCACGUCUGCUUCCCGCCUGACGUGGAGUUUUGCCCGAGACAACGGGUUCCCCUGGGGAAUCUGGUUCUCGCACAUCGAUGAGACGUGGUUGGUGCCUGGCCGUGCCUUGUGGUUGCAGUGUGGCAUCAUCUGUCUGGUUGGAAUUCUCUACUUGUUUGCCAGCACCGUCUUGCAGGCCAUUCUCAGCGUCAGCACGAUUUCGUUGACCAUCUCUUAUGCCAUGCCCAUCAUUGCACUCAUGGUGGUUGGCCGCGAUAAGCUGCCCCCCGGCGGAGAAUUUGGGCUCGGCCGACUCGGUUCCGUCGUCAACUGGGUGUCAGUCAUGUACUGCGCCGUCACGACGAUUUUCUUUUUUUUCCCAACGAGACCCAACCCCUCGGUCGGCGAGAUGAACUUUGCGAUUGCUGUAUUCGGCGCCAUGCUAGUGGUUUCCAUUGGUUUCUGGCUCCUUCAAGGCCACAGAACAUUUAUGCAAUCAGUGGAGGUGACCGAAGACAUCUUGUACGCGCAAAACAGCGGGUCGAGCCGCCAUGAAAACUCCAUUGCGGAGCCUCAGGUGUACGGCAGCAGCAUCAAGCAUCAGACAACAAGUACAUUACCUGGAAACUGA